GUCCUGUUGUUGUGUGGCGGGCGAGAACAAGUCGGACGAGGUCACCAUCAAGAAAACACCAUUUGGGAUCCAGGAUGAGGAUGGUGGUGCUACCACCAUGCUUACCGAGAAUGCCUUGCAGCCAGAGGAACCAGCUGAUGAACCCAUAGGCUUCAAAGAAGUUCUCACGGAAGGUGACAGUAGAUCCGUCAUGAAGAAAAUUGAGGAAGAACCCGAAGUGAGCGAGCCACCGGAGCCGACCAAAGUCGUCGUGGAGUCACCCUUCGAGUUCGUGGUCAAUGUUCGAAAGGACGGUGCGAAAUUGGGAUUUGCAGUCGAAACACUCUUCGCAGACUACUGUGUGGCCAGAAGAGUGGAACCCUCGAGUCCCUUGAAGAAUGUGAAGCCCUACGAUCGGCUAGUCAAGGUGAAUGGUGCUUCAGCGAAGGCCUCCCAGCUGGCCAAGAUGGUGACGGAGAGCGACCAGCUGGAACUCAUGUUUCAACGGCCCGCCAUGAAGGAGAUUGUUUUGGAAAAAGCUGGGAAGAAGGCUGGAUUCAGGAUCGAGAAGACUACCCCUGGCGCUGCCACAAUGGGGUUGGUCAUCAAGGGCUUGGAAGGGGGAGCAGCAUCAGAGAUGCCCAGCGGCACCUUCAAGAGCAUGGAUCGCAUUUGCGCCAUCAACGGUCAAGAGGGCACGGCAGGAGAACUAUUGGAGAUGCUCGCGCAGGAUCGGGUGGUGCUGACGCUGUGUUCUUAUUCGGAUGUGCCUGAAUGA